AUGCUGCGGCAGUUCCCCAUUGAGUCAAGGGGUCGCAGAAAGAAGCUUCACGAGGUUGGCUUCGUGACUCUCAUCUGCUUCUCCUGCUUCAUCAUCCGAGCUGCCGUGAUCGCCUAUUCAGCCCUUGUGAGCAGUUCAUGGCUGGACGUGGUGGAGGACCCCUGGCUCAACGUCGCUUACUAUGCUUGUGUGGAGCUCAUCCCGGCAGCCCUGGUGCUCUACAUUCUCCGCAAGCUGCCUCCGAAGCGCAAUGCCAAUACCCAGGCCCUGCGCUAA